UAAAAUAUUCUGAAAUGGCUACAUGGGCUUUAGUAGUAUUUAUACUGAUUCAUCAAUUUUUAGGAUUAUUUUGUGAGAGAUGGUUUAUUUUUUUUUAUUAAGUUUUAGUAUUAAAUGCUCUUAAUAUGAAAUUAUCAUCAACAUUAUAAAUAAAAACAUUUUAUUAAAAUUAAUUGAAAUUCUUGCUAAUUAAAAAUUUAUUUUGGUCAUUAAUGUACAAUAUUUUUUUUUUUUAGGUAUUGACUACAAAGAUGUGAAUCUUUGGAAAAAUGAAUUUCCUGCAUGUGGCGGAAAUCGACAAUCUCCUAUAAAUAUAAAUUUAACAUCCGAUAAAAUGUUUAUACCCAAAUCAUUAAAAUUAAAAGGUUACAACAUUUUUCCAACUGCAAUGAAAAUGAUAAAUUCUGGUCAUGGCGUACAAAUUCUAGCAAAGUGGCCAUCAGAUAAAGUACCAAAUGUAUCAGGUGGACCUCUUAGUGAUUCGUAUCUGUUCCACAGUUUACACUUUCAUUGGGGUCAAUCGAAUUCAGAAGGAAGUGAACAUACAUUUAAUGAUCAACGAUAUGCUUUGGAAGCUCACUUAGUACAUUAUAAAAGUAGUUAUGGAUCACUUUUAAAUGCUACAACAAAAUCUGACGGUAUCGUAGUAAUUGGUCUAAUUUACCAGGUAAUUUAAACGAAAUUA